UCAUGAAUCAAGGUCAUCAACAUUUAUACUCCAGCAAUACAAGAAUAAGCUAAGCUAGCUUAUUCCUUUCUUUCCACAUGCUCAUGACUCAAAACAAAAAUUCCGUCGGCUUUUUUUCUCUGGCAAUUCCAGGUGCACAUAUAUAAACAACCACACUCCAUUAUCCUGUUCAUCACAGCCCUUGAUCACAACCAUGCGGUCCAACGACCGAAUUCCGAUUCAAUCCGGCCCGGAAAACGGCCGCGCCAUGAGGCGGCACCAUACGGCCCGCUACUACGCUCACCGCGUCAAAGAAAGUCUCACCACCAGAGUCUCAAAGCUCAUUUGUGCCAUAUUUUUAUUCCUUCUCUUUCUUGUGGGCAUCAUCACUUUCAUUCUAUGGCUCAGUUUACGCCCCCACAGACCAAGAUUCCACGUCGAAGGGUUCUCGAUUCCAGCCUUCGCUCAAGGAGGCGGGCCCGAAACUGCCCAGAUAAUAUACAAUGUCACGGCCCGUAACGCAAAUCAAAACAUCGGUGUUUACUAUGACACCAUGCAGUUGACAGUGUUUUACUUGGACCAAAGCAUAGGCGGUAUGCCGUUGUUGCCUCCGUUUUAUCAAGAGCCUAAAAAUACGACGAUAAUAGCUGGGCAAUUGGUCGGCGACACCCUGAGGGUGACGAACCAGCUGUGGCAGCAGUUCUUGGCGGACCGGUCUCGUGGUCAGGUGGUCUUCCGGCUUGAGAUUACGUCAAUCAUUCGGUUCAAGAUAUCGACAUGGGACAGCAAGCGCCACACCAUGCAUGCUAAUUGUCCGGUUGGAGUAGGGCCGGACGGUUUCAUCUUGUCGACUUACAGAGAUAAGAGGUGUCCGGUUUACUUCAGCUGAUACUGUGAUGUAAUAUAUUGCCAUACUUUUUGGGUGCGCUUUUCGGAUUGAUUUUGGGUUUGUGGCUUUGUUUAAUUUUAAGUGUUGAAUUCAAAUAUUUCUUAUGCAAAUUUGUUUUGAUUACAUCUACUUAAUUA